ACAUGGCUUCGCUUACGGGUCGUGCUGUUCCAACUCAUAUGUUAAAAUAUAAUCGUUGUGUUUUAUAUUCAUAUAAUGUAAUCCACUAUUCUACUUUAAAACAUUUGCGAGAUUCGAGAUUGUUAAUCUGUAAGCAUAAAUAUUCAAUAAAUCAGCAGGUAAAAUUGUACAAUUAUGGUUGGAAAUCCAUUUUAUCAAAGAGUAGAAAUUUUAAAGUUUUACAAAGUAAAAAACCACCUGGAAAUAGAGAUUGUUUUCAUCCAGGUGCUUCAAAUAUUUUACCUGCUCAGAUAGGGCUGCAAAGUAAAGAAGUAAAUGGAUUUGUGAUUAUAAAAAAGAUGUUUACAUAUCUUUGGCCUAAAGAUAACAAAGGAAUUCGUGCUAGAGUAGUGAUUGCUGUAGGACUUCUAAUAACAGCAAAGCUCAUAAAUGUGGAAGUGCCAUUUAUAUUUAAAUACACUGUUGACUAUUUAAAUUCUAUUGUUGGAAAUGUAAACAUAUCUGACCCGAGUCAAGUAGGUGCUGCAAUGUGUAUCUCCUUAUUAUUAGGAUAUGGAGCAGCUCGAGCAGGAGCAUCACUUUUCAAUGAGUUAAGAAAUGCUGUGUUUGCAAAAGUUGCACAGAAUUCUAUUCGUAGAGUUGCAAGGAAUAUAUUUCUUCAUUUACAUAAUUUGGAUCUUAGUUUUCAUUUAUCUCGUCAGACUGGUGCAUUAUCAAAAGCCAUUGAUAGAGGUACAAGAGGAAUAAAUUUUGUUCUGUCAGCUCUUGUAUUUAAUGCUGUACCAACCAUAUUUGAAGUAUCACUAGUCAGUAGUAUUUUGUACUACAAAUGUGGAGGAAAAUUUGCAUUAGUAACUUUAGGAUGUAUAGCAUCAUACAGUAUAUUUACUUUUUUGAUUACACAAUGGCGNACAAAAUUUCGGAUUGACAUGAAUAGAGCUGAAAGUGAAGCAGGAAAUCUUGCUGUUGAUUCUCUAAUUAAUUAUGAAACUGUAAAGUAUUUCAACAAUGAAUUGCAUGAAGCCCAACAUUAUGAUAAAUCACUUAUAAAAUAUGAACAUGCAUCAUUAAAGACAACAACAAGCUUGGCAUUUUUAAAUUUUGGUCAAAAUUUCAUUUUCACCAUAGCUCUUUCUGGAAUCAUGAUUAUGACAAGCCAAGGAAUUCUUGAAGGUACUUUAACUGUUGGGGAUCUAGUUAUGGUAAAUGGAUUACUGUUUCAGUUAUCAUUGCCACUUAAUUUCUUGGGUUCUGUAUAUCGAGAAGUUAGACAGUCAUUGAUUGACAUGCAAACAAUGUUUAGUCUUAUGACAUUGGAACCAGCUGUAAAGGGUAAAAUUGGUGCUCCCUUGUUACAAAUAACACCUCCAGAAGCUACAAUAAAAUUUGAAGAUGUCUAUUUUGAAUAUGUGAAAGGACAAACUAUUUUAAAUAACUUAAGUUUUGAAGUACCUGCUGGGAAAAAAAUUGCUCUUGUUGGAGGAAGUGGAUCUGGGAAAACAACAAUUGUUAGAUUAUUAUAUCGUUUUUUCGAGCCUCAAAAUGGUCGGAUUCUUAUAGCAGGUAGAAAUAUCAGGGAUGUUGAUAUUGAAAGUCUGAGAAGAAAUAUUUCUGUAGUACCUCAGGAUGCAGUUUUAUUUCAUAAUACUAUAUUAUACAAUUUACAUUAUGGAGACUUCAAGAAAACAUUAAGUGAUGUUUUUGAAGCUGCACGUAUGGCUGAAAUUCAUGACAGCAUUCAGAAAUGGCCUUUACAGUAUGAAACCCAAGUAGGAGAAAGAGGUUUGAAAUUAUCAGGUAUGCGAGAUAUUUUAAAAUAUAAUAUACAAAUCAAGAAUUUUUUGACAGGUAUUAAAUUAUAUUUGGUUUUACAGAAAAUCAUGGCUGCAUUACAUAGAGCAUCAUUAGGAAGAACAUCAGUAUGCAUUGCACACAGACUUUCUACAGUAGUGGAUGCAGAUGAAAUUCUUGUCUUAGAUAAAGGUGAAGUUAAAGAAAGGGGAAACCAUCAGACUUUAUUAUCUGAUACCAAUUCACUUUAUGCGCAAUUAUGGUAUACUCAGCAUCAACCUGAUCAUCCUAUGUUUGUCAAACAAAGUGGAAAUAAUAACAGUGAUGCAUCCUCUACUAAGUAGUAAAAGAAAAAUAAUGUGAUUGUGAAAAUAAGUAAGAAUAGUGAUAAAUAUAAUAGAUUUUAUUUAAAACUUUUUAUUAAGUAAUAUAGCAAAGUGGUCAGUCAUCAUCUAAUCUAAUAUAUUAUAAACAUGGUAAGAUUUAAACUUGAAAUAGUUUUUCUGUGAACAGUAUUUUGAUAUCUAAUAAUUUUAUCUAGAGCAAAAAAAUAAGAAUAAAGUACAGAUUGUGGUUAA